CCAAAUCUACCGCUGUGGGGAAUUUGGCGCAGGUUAGCCCGGCAACAAUGACAAAAAAUCAUUAAGAAGUGUUGUUUUUCAUUUCGUUCUCCCACCAUUAUUGCUCUUUGUUGUUGUUUUUCUUUAAACCCAAAUAAACUAUUAGUUUUAAUGUGAACAUGCCACGCAGACGACAGAGAGCCAUGGCCGGGAGUGUGUCAGACGGGACGGAAGACUCUGACUCUUCUGCUGAAAGAGAACAGACCCACAGCUCAGAGAGUGAUGGAAACAUGCCUAAGAGGCAGCGCCUCACCCGAGCCUCCACCCGCCUCAGUCAAAGCUCUCAGGAUACACCAGACCUGAAGCGAGCCGCCGACCAUGACGAAUCUCCACCCCUGACCCCCACGGGAAAUGCCCCCUCAUCUGAAUCGGAGCUGGACAUCUCCAGCCCAAACGCCUCUCACGAUGAGAGCCACACCAAAGACCAAGCCAGCAGAGAUUCAGAUAAAGACCUCUCCCAUCGACCCAAACGCCGCCGCUGUCAUGAAACCUACAACUUCAACAUGAAAUGCCCCACCCCGGGCUGUAACUCACUGGGCCAUUUAACAGGGAAACACGAACGCCAUUUUGCCGUAUCAGGGUGCCCUCUUUAUCACAAUCUUUCUGCAGAUGAGUGCAAGGUAAAAGCCAUCAGUCGUGAGAAACAAGAGGAGGAAGCAAAGACGCAAGAAGAAAACAGCUCACGCCACGCAACCCGUCACCAGACUCCAACACCAAAACAGAGCAAAUACAAGGAGCAAGUCGCUGAAAUGAGGAAGGGAAGAAACGCCGGGCAGCAGAAAGAGCAAAAAGAAAAACACACGGAGCACCGGCAGACACACGGGAACACCAGAGAACCUCUGCUAGAGAACAUCACCAGUGAAUACGACCUGGAGCUUUUCCGCAAGGCCCAGGCUCGAGCGUCUGAAGACCUGGAAAAGCUUCGUAUUCAGGGUCAGAUCACGGAAGGGAACAACAUGAUCAAGACUAUCGUGUUUGGCCGCUUCGAGCUGGACACCUGGUACCACUCGCCCUAUCCGGAGGAGUACGCACGCCUCGGUCGCCUGUACGUGUGCGAGUUCUGCCUCAAGUACAUGAAGAGCCAAACCAUCCUCAGGAGACACAUGGCCAAAUGUGUGUGGAAGCAUCCCCCAGGAGACGAGGUGUACAGAAAAGGCUCCAUAUCCGUUUUUGAAGUCGACGGCAAAAAGAAUAAGAUCUACUGCCAGAACUUGUGUUUGCUCGCCAAGCUUUUCCUGGACCACAAAACACUCUAUUAUGACGUGGAGCCGUUUCUCUUCUACGUUAUGACUGAGGCGGACAACACAGGCUGUCAUUUAGUGGGAUAUUUUUCCAAGGAGAAGAAUUCAUUUCUGAACUACAACGUGUCCUGCAUCCUGACGAUGCCACAGUACAUGAGGCAGGGCUUUGGAAAGAUGCUCAUCGAUUUCAGUUAUCUGUUGUCCAAAGUGGAGGAGAAGGUGGGCUCCCCUGAGAGACCUCUGUCCGAUCUGGGUCUCAUCAGCUACAGAAGCUACUGGAAGGAAGUUUUACUCAGAUACAUGUGUAACUUUCAAGGCAAAGAGAUUUCCAUCAAAGAGAUCAGUCAGGAAACCGCCGUCAAUCCUGUGGACAUUGUGAGCACGCUGCAGUCUCUGCAGAUGCUGAAGUACUGGAAGGGAAAGCACUUGGUGUUGAAACGACAGGACUUGAUUGAUGAGUGGAAAGCAAAGGAGAUCAAACGAGGUAACAGCAACAAAACCAUAGACCCGAGCUCGCUCAAGUGGACCCCUCCCAAAGGGACAUAAGAGCCAAGACCAUCAGGCUACUGAGAAGGACGGGGAAAAGAGAAAGACAAACACCUUCAGCCUCACAAAAACCCCAAGUUGCCUAAAUGCAUAAGCUUUCAAUAAAGACCAGUGUUCCUUUCUUUUGCGUUGUUAUGCCAUUACUUUCUUCUGUUCAGAGACUUUUUCUAAAUUUUGUAUUUCAUAUCUUUAUUGAUGGAGUGUUUCAGGUCAAAUGAUGGGGUUAGCUGAUUGUUUCAAGCUGCCUUCACCUUCUCAUCUAUGAAUGUUAGAGUUGUGGAAAUCAUGAACGUGGUAUUUGCUAACGAACUACCGUUUGCAGCAUACUUUUCAUUUCUGAUGUGUAUCAUAAAAACGGCGGUUUGUUUCUCAAGCGUCGGCAUGAACUGAAGCUAAGCAGGGUAUCUUUUUUUUUUUUUUAGAAAAACGACUAGUGAUUGCCUUGUCUUUGGUUGGUGUGCAGUUGUAUAGGUGUUUUUGUGGCUCCGUUAGUACAGGAUUUGAAUCCAUUCCUCUGGUAAAUCUGCAGACAAAGAGGACAAAUUUGAGAUAUUUUUGAUUUGUUUUUGAACAAAAGAUAAAUGCAAUACCACUGUACAAAUGCACAUAAAAAAACAACAACCUCAGGUUUUGUACCAAUUGGAUCAUACCUUUGCUGUAUGGUUUCUCUGCAACAUGGAUCUCAGUGGACGCUUCAGAUGGCGUCUCUCUGAUUAUAGAUUCUAAAAUAAAAAGGAACUUUUUAAUAAGA